UGAUCCCGAAAUCAUCCCAGACUGAUAUAUACUUCGAGUUUACUCCCUUAAGUCUCUCUUCACCUCCCAAUCCAACUCCUCUUUUUUGAUGCACUCUCGGCAAUGUUUGGUCGAAACAUGAGCCUUCCAAACGAUGACGAACUCCCGCUUCUAUUCCUAAAGCUCUCGGCACUCUUUGGUUUGAUUUGGUGCGCAUGGAUUUACUUCUUUAAAUACCAGAAAGGAAGCCCACCGGGCCCGGUGGGGCUCCCGCUGGUUGGAUACCUCCCGUUCCUGAAACCGGAGCUGCACACGCACUUCGCAUGCCUGGCCCGAACCUAUGGCCCCAUACUGAAGCUCAUGCUCGGGAGCAAGGUGGCAAUUGUCAUCUCAUCCCCAUCAGGUGCCCGUGAAGUUCUCAAGGACCAGGACGCAACAUUUGCGAACCGUGACGUGCAUGUGGCGGCCGUGAUCCUUACCUAUGGGGGAUCAGACAUCGUGUCAGCCCCGUACGGGCCAAAAUGGAGGAUGCUGAGGAGGGUCUGCGUCCUCAAGAUGCUCAGCAGGCCUACCCUCGACUCCGUCUACAGGCUGCGCAGAAGGGAGGUCCGUGAGACUGUCUGGUACUUGCGCCAGCACUCUGGGUUGCCUGUGAACGUAGGGGAGCAGCUGUUCCUUACGGUGUACAACGUGAUCACUAGCAUGCUGUGGGGCGGUACUGUUAAGGGAGAUGAGCGGGCCAGACUGGGCGCAGAAUUGAAGAAUACGGUGGCAGAGCUAACUGCGCUAGUGGCGAGGCCGAACAUAUCCGACUUCUACCCGGGCUUAGUCCGGUUCGACUUACAAGGGAUACAGAAGCGUGUGAAGGUUCUGGCUGGGCAAUUUGAUCGGAUUUUUGAUGAGGUGAUAAGUCAGCGGUUGAGGAUCGAUAGGGAUGGCACUGGGGCCGGCACGGAAGGGGGGGAAUCGGAAAAGGACUUCUUGCAGUUCUUGCUGGAGCUGAAAGAUGAGGAAGACGCCAAGACUCCUCUCACUUUGGUUGGGAUCAAAGCUUUGCUCAUCAACAUGAUUGUGAAUGGAACUGAAACUUCCUCUAACACGGUCGAAUUCAUCAUGGCCGAGAUGUUGAACAAGCCACACAUCCUCCGAAAAGCCCAACAAGAGCUCGACGAUGUAAUAGGAAAGGACAGCAUCGUGGAAGAGUCCCACAUCAGUAAGCUCCCCUACCUCCAAGCCGUCAUGAAAGAGUCCCUCCGCCUGCACCCGCCUGCCCCGCUGCUGGUCCCACACUGCCCGAGCGAGGACUCUCUUCUUGGCGGGUUCAGAGUCCCUAAGGGCUCCCGUGUAUUCGUCAACGUGUGGGCCAUCCACCGGGACCCAACCCUAUGGGAGAACCCCACCGAGUUUGACCCCGAUAGGUUUGUGAAUGGCGGAGUGGACUACAGUGGGAAUGACUUCAGUUACCUUCCAUUCGGAUCUGGGAGGAGGAUGUGCGCGGGAAUGGCGAUGGCCGAGAGGAUGGUGAUGUACUCCCUCACGACUCUCCUACAUUCAUUUAAUUGGGAGCUGCCCAAAGGGGAGAAGUUGGAUCUCUCCGAGCAAUUCGGGAUUGUACUGAAGAAGAAAUUGCCGCUCAUCGCAAUCCCGACUCCGAGAUUGUCUGAUGACCUGGCUCUUUAUAAGUAGACAUAGGAAUUCACGUUAGUAUAUUUGGCUUUCUUAGGAAUAAUAACAUUCUGGUCAGUCUAGGAUUUGGACCAGAACAAUGUCUUAAUAGCAGUUAGCUACAACUGCAAGUAUCUUGGUCCCGGUCUCCGUAUAUAUAGAUAUUAGUUAUGACCUACCACUAUCUUGGAUAAAUGAUUAUGAGUUAUUUUCUCUCCCUAA